CGGUCCGCCCAUGAUUGGAGACCCAGCUCAUAACUCGAGGACUCGAGUCCAGCUGUUUCUGGCGCAGAUGGUACCAUCGACUUUAUGCUUGGGGUCCCCACUGCUGCCAUCGCUGCUGCUGCUGCUGCUGCUGCUGCUGCUGCUAAUGCUAAUGCUGCUGACCAGACAGACAGACUCUUCUGUUUUGUGCAGUGCAGUGGUCUUCUCUAUAGCUAUUUUGUAUAUCAUUUCCUCAGCCACACCUCCAUCCAAACCGACAUCCCCCGUCCCCCGCAAAAACACCAAACGAGUUCAUCCUGGCUCUGGUUCCCACUAUCUCCGGCCUCGGCGCUACACCACAAGACCUCCUUGCUGAAGCACGACACCAAGCUCCCCCAUCCACAACGCCGCAACGUUGCUCGGUAAAAGCUACUGGCGCCGACUUGGAGUGUCUUCAAAGUGCAACCGGUCCCUCUAGCCCAGGGUUUUACUUCCACCGCCGCCGCCCGACGACACCGUCUGUGUCUGUGGGUCAUCGAACCUCUCCUCUGCCAGGGGGACUCACCGUUCUUUUACCUCUAUACUCACGGUCCCUGUGCUGUACACCGAGGCCUAUUGUUCCCCCGGACCCCGAUUGCCUUUCUUUGGGCUCUCCGUCGGCCCUCUCACAACCGCCGCUGGGCUUGCUUUUGGGUCAAUCUUCUAGAAUAGCCACCAUCCUCAAAGGUGUGAGUGGGGUGUGCGGACCGCCCGAGGAUUGAGCAACCGGGCAAAAAGGAGUCUGAUGUUCCAACGGCCGGACUUGAUCAUGUAAGUAUGCAGGCUCUCAACUUGGACGAGCCUCCUCAGAAGGAAGAUGAUGGUCGAGCGCAACAGCAGCAACCCCAUCAGCAGCAGCAGCAGCAGCAGCUACACCAUCCACAACAUCAACAGCCACCACCCGGAAGUCCGAUCGCCGGCACCGGCGGCCUGGUAAAUGGCGGCGGGGACUAUGGCCGACAACAUGAGGGCGGCUCGCCCAUGAGGCAGAAUACCACUUCUUCAACAACCACAGUAGCCUCCCUGGCGUCGCUAGCCACUGGAGGGACGACGCCUACGCCUUACAGCUUGGAGGCGCAUACGCCUUCAUCACCUAGUCUUGCCACCACCGCUCAAGCUGCUGCACAAGCUGUCUUUUCCGCGAGGGAUGGGGCAGACGUCACGGCCCAGCGCAGGGCCAGUCGCCGUCGAACGGGGCCCUUGAACCCCGAGCAGCGGGAGAAGGCCUCGCUCAUCCGUAAGAUGGGUGCAUGCGGGGACUGUAAACGAAGACGAGUUGCUUGCCAUCCUAGCCAUCACAAUACGACCUGGGCUGCGCUUGCCAAAAAAUUCGGGAAUGGCUCGUCGUCACAAAGUGCCAAUGGACGCCCACUGAGUCCGGCCAUGUCAAAGUUCCAGUCUCUGCUGACUCAGGAACCUGAGGACAUGGUACAGAUCCCCAACUUCCAUGAGCGGCUCAACCAGAUGAACCCAAAUGAUUCUCGGAUUAGAACGCCGCUACCAUCUGGGCCCCGGCCGGAGAGGCCAACAAGUCUGAUUCCGGUGGCUGGUUUGGAGUCCUUCAGAGUUGAUCUUCAAGGAAGCGCAUCUCGGAUCCUGGCAAGCCCUCUUCGCAGUCGAUAUGCCAGCGUUUCAACCAUGCUUGUCCGGUGGCAGGACGACAUUGAAGAUGCCGAUGGAUCCAAGAACGAUAUUGAGGAACUGGCCAGGGUGCUCACGGACGAUUACAACUAUUCGGUCACCAUCAAGAACAUUCCGACGUCGGGAGACCCUAGCAACAGCUCCUAUUUGUGGCUGAACAGGGAAGUAAACACGUUUGUUACCAGCCACAACCAACGGGACACUUUGAAGAUUUUCUACUACAGCGGGCAUAGCUACUUGGGAGAGGACCGGGACACCAUGAUCUCCAGUUCCAAGAAAGCAACACCUGGCUCGGAUAUUCCAUGGAAGAUGAUCCAAGGGAUGUUUGAAAAUAUCUGUUCUGAUGCCCUAAUUCUCCUGGAUUGUGCGUACUAUCCGCUCUAUCAAACAGUACGCCGGCAAGGAAUCCUCGAGUUAAUCGCUGCCUCUGCUGGUGAAGACCACGCCAAACUUUUGGGUCGGAGCGCCUUCACCCGGGCCUUAACGGAACAGCUGAAGACAAGGGCCGUCCACAAGUUCAAAGAAGCCUAUUCUGCAAGCGAACUUCACGCCAAGCUGGUUUCAGUAUACCCAAGUUUGGUACGGGAACAGAACCAGGAAAUCAUCACAUCGUUUCCCACCCCGCUGUUUGUACAGCUAUCCGGCAACAAGGUGUUGCCAUCCAUUCUUUUGGCUCCGUUGGUGGCGCGGCAACCGGGAGACCUAACACCCUCGCCUUAUACCCCGGACUCCCCGGCCGCCGGAACCUCACAACUCAGUCUGACGUUUCAAAUAUCGGACGAUAAUACGUUUAACAUGGAGAGCUGGGCGGAGUGGCUCCGUUCCAUGCCUCAAGGAAUCAAGGACCUGAAGAUUGAUGGCCCAUAUCGCAGUUCGCCGUGGGCAAGAUGA